AUGGUGGUUCCCAAUGCUUCCAGGCAAGAGCUUCUUGAUGCUCAAUCCCAUGUUUGGAAUCUCAUAUACAACUACAUAAGCUCAAUGUCCCUUAAAUCCGCUAUUCAAUUAGGCAUACCCGAUGCCAUCCACAAACACAACAAGCCUAUCACACUUUGUGAAUUGGCCAACGCCCUCUCCAUCAACAAAGCCAAAUCCCACGCCCUCUUUCGCCUGAUGCGAAUUCUAGUCCAUUUCAACAUCUUCGACAAGGUUAAGAUCGAGGAAGAGGAAGAGGCCUACUCGCUCACAAGGGCUUCGCGUCUCUUGCUGAGAGACGAGCCCUUGAGCUUCGCCCCUCUCGCACUCCUCGGGAUUGAUGCGAUCACGGUGGAUCCAUUCCAUCAUAUGGCCGAAUGGUUUAGCGACGAAUGCCCAACUCCAUUCUUCACUAGAAACGGUGUAAAUCAAUGGGAGUUUGGAGGGAGAGACGAGGGUUGGAAUAAAGUGUUCAAUGAGGGAAUGGCUAGUGAUUCGCGGUUUGUGAGCAGCAUACUUGUGAAAGAAUGCAAGCAUGUAUUUGAGGGUUUGGAGAGUGUGGUGGAUGUUGGUGGGGGCACUGGGGUGGUGGCGAAGGUGGUGGCUGGCGCGUUUCCGGGCUUGAAAUGCGUUGUGCUCGACCUUCCACAAGUGGUUCAUGGGCUUGAGGGAUCUGAGAAUAUGACGUUUGUGGGUGGCGAUAUGUUUGAGUUCAUUCCUCCUGGUGAUGCUGUUAUACUCAAGUCGAUACUACAUAACUGGGGCGAAGAAGAUUGUGUUAGAAUAUUGAAAAAAUGCAAAGAAGCAAUAGGGAAUGGUGGGAAGGUGAUAAUUGUGGAUAUGGUUGUGGAUUGUGAGAAGCAAGAGCAUAAUACCUUUCAAACUCAGUUGUUUUUUGAUGUGCUGAUGAUGACUGUGCUGACCGGAAAAGAGAGAACUGAGAAAGAGUGGGCUCACCUCUUUUCUUCAGCUGGCUUCCAAAAUUAUAAAAUCACUCCUGUCUUAGGAUUGAGGUCUGUAAUCCAAGUAUUUCCAUGAUAAUUUUAUCAAAUAAUGUAGGUGUAUGCUAUUAUAUAAUCUCAGUAC